AUGCUCAAAGGCGUAAAGCAGCUGUGGCCCUCGUCUGGUGCAGGCACGCAACAGCAGUCAAACGAUAACUCCACUCAAACGCUGUCGCCAUCCAAUUCGUUCCAGAACUUCGCUGGUCCGGCUGACCAAGCGACCCCACGCGCCUCGGCGCAAGGCAACCCCUUCGACGCACCGCACCAACAGGCACCUCAGGCUAUUGCCGGUGCCCACGGAGGCUUGACGAAGGCGACCUCGGCGCUCACGCUAUCUGGCUCGCCCAGUGGCAAUGCUGGGUUCCGCACGCCCUCUGCGGUUGGCUUUGCUCCGAUGGGAACACCCGGCGCCGCGCCACCCACUACUCAAGUCACGAUCGGUGACACCCUGGGCGGGGCCGGAGGUGUGGGCGGCUUCGGUCUUCACGAGCCACCGAGGAUGCUGAAGGCGUCUAGCAGCUCCGUAGCCAGCGGAACGCGCACUCCGCAGGACGGCACCGCCACGCCCGACGAUCCGACACAGCCAACUCAGUCGAUCCGCGGCACCCUUAACGUCAAGUUGAUUCAGGCUCGCGGGCUCCAUGUCAACACUGAGCAUGAACCGCAGCCCUAUGUCGUCAUGCAGUUUGAGCAGAAUGAGUUCGUCUCUCGCACUCCCCAUCCAGUAACCAACCCCUCCCACGUUCCUUUCACUCAGUCGCAACCGCAGCCGCUGGGGCGCACCUCGUCGGGAGGACUGGGGUCCAUUACCCGGGCGUUUGCAGACGCCAUGGGCCGUGGCAAGGGCAAGGAUGGGACGCGUACGCCAAAGCCGGAGGAUGGAGGUGCUGGCUCGUGGUUCGGUAAGCCGGGCCCAGGUGACCCGAUUUGGAAGGAAGAGGUCACAUUUGAUCUCACGCAAUCAUCUGCGGUCGUUCUCGUGUCUGUGUACGACAGGAACCAGGCCGGUGAGGGCUUCCUUGGCAUGCUGCAGAUCAAACCGGUGCUCAAGGACGGCUACACUGUCGACCAGUGGUACAAGCUCGGCACGCGUGGCUCAGAGCAGGCUGCCGGAGAGGUUUGGAUCCAGAUGACGUUCACGGCGGCGAGGUCCAAGAUUCACCUCAAACCUAGUGAUUUCGAGUUCCUCAAGCUCAUCGGGCGCGGUACGUUUGGCCGCGUUUUCCAGGUGCGCAAGCGCGACACCAAACGCAUCUACGCCAUGAAGGUCCUCUCCAAGAAGGAGAUCGUGGCCAAGAAAGAGGUCGCGCACACCAUUGGUGAGCGAAAAAUCCUGCAGCGCUCGCUGGAAUGCCCCUUCCUCGUCGGUUUAAAAUUCUCGUUCCAGACCGAGAAGGAGCUAUACUUCGUCACCGACUACAAGUCGGGAGGCGAGCUCUUCUGGCACCUACAGAAGGAAGGCCGCUUCUCCGAGGAUCGCGCGCGCUUUUACAUUGCUGAGCUCGUGCUCGCUUUGGAGCAUUUGCAUAAGUACAACAUCGUGUAUCGCGACCUCAAGCCGGAGAAUAUCCUCCUGGAUGCUACGGGUCACAUUGCGCUCUGCGACUUUGGUCUCUCCAAGCCCGACCUCACGAACGACCAGCUCACCAACACAUUCUGCGGCACGACCGAGUAUCUCGCACCCGAGGUUCUGCUCGACGAGAAGGGCUACGGCAAGCACGUCGACUUUUGGUCACUUGGUGUUCUCUUGUUCGAGAUGUGCUGCGGCUGGAGCCCAUUCUACGCCGAGCAGACUCAGGAAAUGUACCGCCUCAUCUGCUACGGUAAGAUCAGGUUCCCAAAGCAUGUUAUUGGCGAUGACGGCAAGCAGUUCGUCAAGGGUCUGCUCAACCGCAACCCGCAGAACCGUCUCGGCGCAAAGCGUGGCGCCGCCGAGCUCAAGGAGCAUCCGUUCUUCAAGUCGAUCGACUGGGACUUGCUCUACAAGAAGCAGAUCACGCCUCCGUUCAAGCCCAUUGUUGACUCCGACGAGAGUGUGGCCAACUUUGAUCCCGAGUUUACCAACUCGACGCUCGAGGAGGCUGGCAUCAACAUAUACGAGGACGAGGACUACAUGCCACAGCCUGGGCGUCACGCGUAUGUCGGUCCUGGAGGCAGCCUCUCCAAGCCGACAAGCAUGGGCAUGGCAAUCAAUGCACACAAGCCGCCCCCGCAGCCUAUCAACGGGAGUCCAUUGACUAGCUCAGUGCAGGAGAACUUCCGGGGGUUCACGUACACCGGCGAAUCACUUGUGCCGCAAUCGUUCCUCGCUGAGCACGGCAUGGACUACGUUGAGGAGGAGGACAACGAAGAGGCCGUUGAGGACGACGACGAGUACUCGGACGAGGAGAGCAUGGAGGGGCAGCGCACGCGCCGGCAGUCCGACGUCGAGAUGGAGCACUAG